UGCCAGCAGUCUUGUCUCUCGGCUACGUCACUACUCGUUUGCUGUAGUCACCGCACACCAUCAAAUACUCUUUCUUUAAUAUUAUUUUAAAUUUUACAAAGAUGGCAGCUCGUCCCAAAGGCUAUGGUUUCUCGCUAGAGGCAAAACGAAAGAUCGAAUCAAAAUACGACCACGAGCAAGAGGAGGAGAUGAGGGACUGGAUCGAGGCUCUGUUGGGCGAGAGCGUUUUUGGCGGGAAAACCGGCAUCGAUGGCGUCCACGACAUCUUACGGAGCGGCGUGGUGCUUCUGAGGUGUGCAAAUGCUCUUGGCGGCAACAUUAAGAUCAACGACUCGAAAAUGGCUUUUAAACAGAUGGAAAAUAUCGGAAACUUCCUACUGUUCUGCGAAUCUUUGGGCGUAUCGAAAGUGGACUUAUUCCAGACCGUGGAUCUAUACGAGAAACAAAACAUGGCCGCGGUCGUUUUAGGCGUUCACGCACUCGGGAGAAAGGCGCGAGCAAAAGGCCUGAACUGCCCUCAACUGGGACCCAAAGAAGCUGAAGCCAACCCGAGAUCGUUUGACGAAGAUAAACUUCGAGCGGGCAAGGGUAUCCACUUUGCUUAAGCCACCAUCCCAAGAAAAAGCAGCGGAAAUUUUUGAACAUUUAUUCUUAUUAAAUUUAAAUCCCCGUGCAAGCAGUGCUAGCGUUGCUGACCCAGCAAAGCCGGCGCUGUAUGCCCAUCCUGGGCCGUAGCAGGGGGUGGGGCACUGGGGUAUAGGGUAUAAGGUAUGGGCGUGGCUGUGCCCCCAUUGUUAUCUUAAUAGUUCUGUAUCGUGCCCUCCCAAUAAGUCGAGGCCUGCUACGGCUAUGAAACUAUGUUGGGAGGUGCUAUGAAGUGGUUCGCCGGCAUUUUCUUUGGGCUCAACCGAGCAAAACCAGCAAUGCUGCUUGACGUUGGAGCUGUUUGCACGGGUCUUUAAGGCUGGUUAAGACAGCACGGUUUAUCGUAUGCGGCUUGCCCGCACCACCUCUAAAACUCGAGUCGUUGAGUGUAAAUCAGCGUACGACUCUACUACGAUGCUCGACUUCGGAAGUUGUGUCUAAUUGUGGGUAAUUCAAGUCUAAGACAUGUCUUAGGCAGGUCACAUACGACUGAAACGUACUGUCUCAAUUGGUCUUUAGGAGUACAGUUGAUUUGGUUACCGAUAACUCCUAGAAAUCAAAAACGGAUUUCGAUUUUCAAACAUAAAUAAUGUUAUCGGGGUCAACUGUAUAUUGUGUUUACAAUUUUAGGGAAAUAUUGAGUCACUUUUUUUUCUCUUUUUUUUUUCUUGUGUUGCUUCACGUUGCCUUAGAAACCAGACAAAAAAUUUCAAUGAGUUUUCAAGCCAGGAGUUAAUUGGGCUGCAUCAAAUAUUCCCAGGAUGCACUGCAUCAAAUAUUCCCAGGAUGCACUGCAUCAAAUAUUCCCAGGAUGCACUGCAUUUUCGUUUUUGGUCAGUUGUAAAAUCCUACAAAGAUCCAUAUUUUGUGAUAAAAAUAUAUUUUACUUUUUAGACCUGUCUAUCGUUAGUUUGUAGAUAAGCAAGAAUACAUGUAAACGCGCUAGUGUAUAGUCUGGACGCUGCUAAGGAUCUAAAGAUCUUGAAAUUUACUUUUAGCCUAUUUUAGCUCGCAAGUAUAAAUUUUACUGAUCGAUAUUUAAUAAAUAUUUUUAUAGAAUAUAAAA